AUAUACAUAUACAAAGGAUUGCUUAACGAAUUAAAAUAAAGAUUGCUUCCUUUCUUCCCCUAGUGGUCUGAAAUAUGGCAAAAAUCUGCCACAGAUGUACAAGUACGACAGCCGUGAUCCAUUGCGUUACCGAAACUCAGAACUUCUGCCUUACCUGUGACUACCUGAGGCAUUGUGAACGUGAUGCUGCAGGACACAUUCGUUACCAAAUUUGUGAUGAAUGCAUGAUCAAUCCAGCUUUACUCCUCUGCUCCAACCACAUGAUCGCUCUUUGCCAAUCCUGCUAUUCACGUCACUACAACUGCGUCGCCUAUGGCCAUCACGUUCAAAUCAUCAAUCGAUUUCCUCAACAACACCAUAACAACAACAACAAUUAUGGUGCGAAUGAUCAUUGUAAUGGGAAUUAUCAUGAGCAUGGUAAUGGGAAUGAUCAUGAGCAUGAAAAUGGGAAGGAUCAUGAUCAUGAGCAUAAGAAUCAUGUGGGUGACAACGAGAGAAGAAAAGGGAUGCUUCAGAUGAUCAUCUGCAAUGGAAAUAACAGUUGCGAGAUAUUGUCUGCAAUGGGAUGUGAAUCAUGCCUAAAGGCAGACGCUGACUCUUUCUGUCCCCAACACAACAAGUUUCUAUGCUACAACUGCGACAUAAAGAUUCACCUUCCCGACGCCGUGCCGCCCCAUAUGAGAUGUCAGCUUUGCGUGACCUGCAAGAGACUUUCUCCCACUUUUCUCGUCGGAACGUAUCAUUUCAUUUUACCACCGACACAUCCUGCAGCGGUAGCCAAGGAGACCUACACGCCGGCUCCUCAUCCUGCGGCAUUCGAAUAGGUCAUCGGGCCGCAGUCAACAUGAUCGCAAUUUUUUCUAUUUUAUUUUGAAGUCCUUAGUUUCAGGGUUCUGUUCGGAUUUUAUUCUACGGGUAAUGUUAGUUUUCAUUUUGACAUCUUAACAAAUUUGCAAAAUUCGAUUGAAUAACAAAAAGAAUAAAUUAGUUACAACUAACUCCAUCUUGUUCAGGGAUGGAUAGAGGAUCGAUAUGGUCUUCUAUUUUUAAAAAUAUAAAUAUUAUCGUUUAUAGACAAUUUAUAGUAAUUUACAGUAUUAGGUUUAGCUGAAAGUAUGGUCUCUCAUAGACUGCAGAAUGUGACUUUUGAGAUAGAAGCUUCAGAAUUGGUUGGAUCUCUAAAUAGACCAAAAGCCUGGCCAGCUUUUCGAGCGUAUGGAAUGGAAUUAAUAGAAAUGCUGU